UAUUACAUACUAAAUGAAGGUCACUGGGAUGCUAAAGCUGCAUAAAUCAAUAUUUUAGAUCACCAAUGUCAUCAGCUGUUUGAUUGUACAAAAACUAAAAACUGCAGCCUCUCUUCCAAAAGAUAUUCCCUCAUUUAGUGUUUGGAUAGUACUGGUCCAAAAUCUUCUAAUAGUGUUCAGUUCGGUUGAGAUUCGGUCGCUAUGAAUGCCAUAGGGAAUGAGUUGCUUAAUAUUAACCGUUUAGUGCUCUGUGAAUGAAGGCUGUGUCAUAAUGGAAGAGGCCAUCAGGAUAGAACUGUUUCAUCAUAGAAUAUUUAUAUUGACUUGCAGCAAUCUUUCCCUCAAAAGGUGGCUAAAGUGGACCCAAACCAUGCCAGUAAAAUGCCCACCACACCAUAACAGGAUCCGGAUCCCCUCACUGUAGAGGUCCCAUCUGAAAGUCACAGCCUUGUGUAAAACAGACUUAUACUACUUUGAAUUUUCUUUGUUCCACAUAGGAGCACUUAAAAUAAACUAAUUCAGAAAACGUUGGUUAUUUCAAACAGAUUCUUUCUACAUGGCAGAACAACAAAAUGAGCAGGAAUCCCGUGUAAGCCUCUGUAGAAACUACCAACACUUGAAAUCAUAUUUUGCUUAUACAGUCAUGAAAAAAAUAUUAGACCAUUCUUGUUUUCUUCAAUUUCUUGUUCAUUUCAAUGCCUGGUACCACUAAAGGUACAUUACCCGAAUAUAAUAAGCGCGACAAAAAAAUGCAGCUGAUUAAAGAAUCAUGUGAAGCGAGGAUGCAGCAGACAGGGUUAGAUGGAGGCAAUUGAUUCGCUGUGGUGACCCCUGAAGGGAAAAGCCGAAAGGAAAAGAAGAAGAAGAAGAAGAAGAAGAAGUGAAGCCACAAAGAACCAUCUUGGCACUACUGGAAAUUGGCAUGAGUGAGAGACGGGUAGCAAAAAAAAGACUGAAGAUCUCCAAGACAGCCGUUCAUGAUACCAAAAAAAACACAAGCCUAACAUAGAACUACCAAAUUGGUAGCUGGUUGUGGCAGGAAAUGUCUUUCUACCCCACGAGAUGACUGCACUCAUCCGUUCCUGUGUCAGGAAUCAUCAUCAGACAUCUAGGGACCUUAAAAAUGAGAGGGCACUGUGGAGAAAUGUGACUUGUUUAGCAAGGACAGUUGGAAACCGACUUCUUAAAGCUGGUCUGAAGUCACACAAGGCACAGAAGAAGCCCUUCAUCGAUGAAAGGCACAGGAAAGCCUGGUUACUCUUUCCUGGGGAUCACAAGGACUGGACUGUUCAUGAUUGGGCUAAGGUUCUCUUCAGGGAUGAAUCCAGUUUUUAGUUGAUGCCAACUUACUGGUAUUUAGGAUGCCUGGAGAAGCCUACAAACCAAACUGUCUUUCCCCAACAGUAAAACAUGGGGGUGGAUCAGUGACCAUCUGGGGUUGUUUCAGUGUGGAUGGAACAGGGCAAAUACAAUUGUGUGAAGGGCGAAUGAACCAAGUCAUGUACGGGGCUAGUCUGGAAAACAGUCUUCUACCAUCAGCUGGAAAACUCUUUCCUGCCUGAAAUGACUGGAUUUUCUGACAAGACAGGUCAGUUAAAGUCUGGAUGGAGAGCUCAGUUUGAUCUAAAUCCAAUUGAAAACCUGUGGAAAAUCAUCAAAUGCAAAAUGGAGAACCACAAGCCCAAAAACAAAGCAAAUUUGAUUGAAUUAGUGCAACAGGAAUGGGCUGCUGUGACAGCAGAACAAUGUCAGAAGCUGGUGGAGAGCAUGACAAGACACAUGGCUGCAGUCAUCAAAAACAACGGUUAUGCAAUCAAGUACUAACUCCUGUAUAUAUCAUGUGACUAAAACAGACAGAAAACAAAACAUGGAAUUCUUGAAAGCACUGUUUUUGGCAGUACAAUGCCAUAGCUAUUGAUGUAAGAACUUCAGUGAUUUUGGUUCUUAUCAAGAAAACCAUGGAAAAUGGCUAAAACUGACUCAGCUCUUAAAUUAAAUUCUUAUGAGCUGUUUUUAUUGUUAUCAUUGUAUUUGUCCAAACAAAUACACAUUUAGUUGUACCAGGCAUUAAAAUGAACAAGAAAUUGAAGAAAACAAGGGUGGUCUAAUAAUAUGUUUUCCAUGACUGUUUAGGCUCUACACACACACACACACACACACACACACACACACACACACACACACACACACACAUAUAUAUAUAUCUGUGUGUGUGUGUGUACUUUAAAUAUAAUUCAAAUGUAAUUAAUUUCUAGUAGACCAUAAAAUUAAACUAAUUACAAGCAACUAAUUACAAAAAAAUUGAAUUGUUUUACAGCUAUAAAUUCCUCUUUUUUCUUUGUUUUUUUUUUAAUUGAUAUUUGCUGUUAUUUUCCCUCCACUAUUUUUGACAGACUUUAAAUGAUACAGUAUUCUUAAGUUUUUCUUUCCACAGCAUUUUUUUUUGACAGUGUACACCUUAACUUUAGGCACAUGAUCACCCGUAUGUAUACUGCAAAGCAAAACUGAGGGCAAAACAGUAACAAGGAAGCAGAGGUUUUAACUGAACCACUGUAAAUGGGAGGAGCAGGAAGAGAUCGAGAGCAGAGAGACAGAAACAGACAGAACACAGCGGGUUGAGUUUUGAUGAAUCAUAAUUCCUGCCACAGCUUCAACACUGUAGUCUGAUGCAAAGCAAUGAAUAUCACCACACGGUUCCAACUGACCAUCAACCCACCGAAAGAAACAGAUCCUAUAAUACAGAGUAUAAUUAACAACAACCUCAAGAAGCUCAAGAAAUUACUGAAGGAUAACGAUGCAAAUAAGCUUUACCCUUGCAGACAGUGCGGUCUUAUAACCCCACUGAUUGCUGCAGUUAUAAAUCACAAAAUGGAGAUUUGUACUUACCUUUUGCAAGUGGAGCAUGUGGAUCCAAAUUGCCGAUGCCAAAAUGGCUGGACACCUUUGCAUUAUGUCUCAAUUGCCAAAGCACCACUUGAUUUUGUGGAGAAACUUCUUGAUGAAAAAGCAAACCCAAAUGGAUGGACUCCCAUGGAACAGCAUAUAUUCACCCCACUGCAAACCGCUGUGGUCCAUGACAGGGAUGAUGUCGUGAAAGUGCUCCUCUCUGCUGGUGCCAUAGUACAAUUGUUGACUAUAAAACAUCCUGACCAUUUGUUUCACAAUAAGAAAAUGGCUGAGAUGAUUGACAGCUUUGCAUCCAAAGGACAUAAACUAUGCGCCAAAAUCAGAUAUUUCUUGGAUGUGGAAAUUGCUGUGUCACAAGAACAACCUGAAAAAGUGUUCAGAACCUUCAGCGAACACAUGCUACUGGAAGAUCCUCGCAACCAUUUGACCAUGAUUGAAAUGCUGUUUACUGUUUCUGGGAAAGACGAAGAAAAAUACAGAGAGGGAAGUAUUAAAUGGCUAAAGGAAACCAAGAAUGUGAAUACCUACAUCACAGGUGCAGUCAGUCGCUUUUCAAAAAUCCCUAAGACACAUGUAAAAAGUGCUAUCUAUAGUAUACAUGCAGUUUUCUGCACAAUGGAAGACAUCCCCAAUGAGCAGUCACUGGCUAUCAUCCCCCAACUCCUUGAACAACUAAAAAAGAGGUCUGAUAUUUGGGCAGUUCUUUUGCAAACACUGUAUGUGAUAACACAGAAAACAAAAGACACAAAUGACUGGGAUUCCAGCUUCACAGAGAACUUAUGCAAAACAGUUGCUCCGUUUGUAAAUGACCUGCACUCCUCUGACAUCAGGGUCUACACAUAUGGCAUCUUUGCCAACUUGCUCUCAGCUGAACAUGCCACAGACAUUUUUACAUCAUUGGGGAUAACUUCAGUGCCUGAGGACAUACUGACAUCUGCAGGUAUGAAAAUGAAUGACAAGCUGAAAGAAGGGCUCAGACGCUUGAAAAGUCAUUUCAGUGAACCAAACCUGGAAUAUGAAGACAAUAAAGCCAAACCUGAAUCCAAGAAGAAGAAGAAGCGAAAGAAGAAGAAGAAGAAGAAGGAAAAGGCAGAAAAACCAGAAGACCCAAGUGAUGACGUUUGCGCUGCAGCAACUGAUCCAGCAACAACAGUUGCUGUUGUGGAAUCAACUUCAAAUGGGAAGUCAUCCCACUUGAAGGACACUAACUCAUCAGGAACACAACCAUGGCUACAGCUUAGCAAGCGGUGGAAGGAAAAACUAGAGAAGCUUGUUGGUACUGAUAAAAGUAAAGUAACCACAAUUAAAAGCCUUACUUAUGUGAAUGAUGCUGAAUUCCGCAUCGCAAAGGGAAGCGAUGGUACUGAAGUCUUCUUGGGCCUGAGAGAUGAUGGCACAGAAGUUGCAAUUAAGAGAAUGUCGAAAAGCAACUAUCAAGUGCUGAAGAAUGAGGAAGGAAUUCUGCGACUUCCGAAGCUUGACCAUCCAUGUAUUGUACGAUACAUUGAUGCUGCAGAGGACGACAAUUAUGGAUAUCUUGCUCUCCAACUUUGCGAAUACACCUUGGAAGAACACAUGAAAAAUAAUGAUGGUGGUCUGCAGAUGAAAAAUAACCUGGUUUAUGAUGUUCUUUACAGUUUAAGGGUGCUUCACUGUCAGAAUCCUGAAAUUCUCCACCGAGAUGUCAAACCACAGAAUGUUUUGAUUGAUGUUAAUGGGAAGGCAAGAUUAGCUGAUUUUGGCAUAAGCAGACGGUUACCUAAAGGCCAAACAACCUUGCGCACAGCCAGCGCAGGAACAACUGGAUGGAUGGCCACAGAGACUCUAACCGAAGAAUCUGUCAUACCAUACAAAUCAAGCACUGAUGUACAGGUGGCAGGGAUGCUGAUCUAUUACAUCCUCUCUGGAGGACAACAUCCAUUUGGCAGACAUUUUGAACGUGAGUUCAAUAUUCACCAUGGGAAGUACAGUUUGGAUCAUGUUCAGGAUGUGGUGGCAAAAGAUCUCAUCGAGUGGAUGAUCAACAAAGAACCAAAGAAAAGACCCAGAGUGGAAGAAUGCCUGAGUCAUCCCUUCUGCUGGCUUCCUCACAAGCAAGUUGAAUACUUGGUAAAGACUGGUAACAGAGCGGAGGUGGCAAAGUGUCGAGAGGCUCGCGAGGAACUGAUUCAUUCACUGGAAGAAUGUACAGGGAGUGUAUCCUUCAAACAGUGGAAAGACAAGUUUCCUCAAGAGCUUGUUCAGAGGAUGGAUGGCAAAAAGAAAGCCUACCCUGAAAGCACACUGGGAUUAUUGCGCUUUAUACGCAACCUCCACGAGCACUAUGCUAAAGAUGCAGCCCAAGUGGAUGUAACUGCGUUAUUUCCUGAUCUGUUUGGAUGUGUUUACAAGUUUGCCAAGACCCGAGGAUGGAAUUCAGAGACUCCAUUAAAGGAAAUGUUUCGAAGAGAAGACAUUGGAGCCAUCUUUGAGUUUCCAGCCACAAACACUGAGGAGCAUCUGAGUGCCCCAGUUCAAGAGUCUCAACCCUGUGACUCUGAAUUCAAAAAGGAUGAAACACCCUGAAAAUGAUUUCAAAGUAAUAUAAGCAGAGAAAACAAGAAAGCAAACACACAAAAGCAAUUCACACAUAAUCAUGGUAGCACAGAUGUGACUGCUAACAUCAGCUGUGCCUUUUUGUAUUUGAGUGUCACAGUAAAAAAUGACAGUGCUACAUAGUUCAUGCUGUCAUUUAUGGUUUACAACUGUGUUCUUAUUGUAUCAAAAUGUCUUCUGUGAAAAGAGCCUGUGAACCUGUAUUCCAAAGGCUGUUAACUUUCUCUUCAUUGUAGUAUUUCUAUUUUGUGAGAUUUUAUUCUUUUACUUGGCCAUUAUUCUUAUAAGGAAUUAUUCAGUUUAUUUUUUCUGCUGUAAUGGAAAUUUAGUCUAGCUUCUCACUUAUGUGUUUUUAUAACCUUCUGGCCUUUCAGAAACCUUUUGUAACUUUGAUAACCCGUGGCCUCUCUGCAACUUUUAACACUUCUGUCUUGACCUAACCGCAGAACUGCAUUGUACCGUUUUGUUUCAGUAUUGUUUUUAGAAAAGAGAAACUGAUAACUAAGACAUCUGUACGUGAAAUGAAAGUUUGUUUCUUCCUGUUUUUGGCCCACUCUGCAGUCUGCUCUGCACUCUUUAUGAUUGUGUGACCUUUGUGUGAAGAGGAAAUCUCACCAAUACAUUCUGCUCUCUAUUAGUUUAAGAUUCUCAUGAAGCAGAACUUCUGUAACACUUCACAUUUAUCUGAUGGUAUGAGUUGCUAGUUAAUUCAAAAAUUAAUGAGGAGACACAAAGCAUAUAAGACAAAACAACAUAAUUAACUAUUAGAGUUGAGCCACCAUUAGGUAGUGUAGGUGGCAAAAAUAGAAUUUGUCUCAUAGACGAAUGCAUCAUUAUUGCCUAACAACUGCUGAUUUUGUUCUUAUUCAAAAAGGAAUUCUUCAAAUUUUGCUUUUGUGUUUAGUUUUUACUGCUGAUAUAAAUGUAUUACUACUAUUUUUAAUGAUUUAUUUUUUUCAUUUUCACUGAUAUUGCUGUACUUUGUGAGGAGAAAAGACAUGGUUGUACUUUUAUAUGUCGAGCUAACAAUAAAAAUAAUCUUGACUUGC